AUGGAGGCUGGCUCCGUGGUUCGAGCCAUCUUUGACUUCUGCCCGAGUGUAUCAGAAGAGCUGCCGCUCUUUGUGGGAGAUAUUAUUGAAGUGUUGGCAGUGGUGGAUGAAUUUUGGCUUCUAGGAAAGAAAGAGGAUGUGACAGGACAGUUUCCCAGCAGUUUUGUGGAAAUUGUGACCAUUCCCAGUCUAAAAGAGGGAGAGAGGCUGUUUGUCUGUAUCUGUGAAUUUACAUCCCAAGAAUUGAACAAUCUCCCCCUUCAUCGAGGCGACCUAGUGAUUCUUGAUGGCGCUGUCACGGCUGGCUGGCUGCAGGGCCGAAGCUGCUGGGGUGCCCGGGGCUUCUUCCCAUCCUCGUGUGUUCGGGAGCUCAGCCUGUCUUCACAAAGCCGGCACUGGCACUCACAGAGUGCCCUGCUCCAGAUUCCUGAAUAUUCCAUGGGACAAGCCCGGGCGCUGAUGGGGCUUUCUGCCCAGCUGGAUGAGGAGCUGGACUUCAGAGAAGGGGAUGUGAUCACCAUUAUUGGAGUUCCUGAACCAGGCUGGUUUGAAGGGGAGUUAGAGGGUCGAAGAGGCAUUUUUCCAGAAGGUUUUGUAGAACUUUUGGGUCCCCUGAGGACUGUGGAUGAGUCGGUGAGUUCUGGAAAUCAUGAUGACUGCGUUAUUAAUGGUGAAGUAGAUACCCCUACAGGAGAAGAAGAAGGAGGGCCGGAAGAGGACGACGAGCAGCCAGGGACCUAUGGAAUUGCCCUCUACAGAUUCCAAGCCCUGGAACCGAAUGAGCUGGAUUUUGAGGUAGGCGAUAAAAUCCGAAUUCUGGGGACUCUAGAAGAUGGCUGGCUAGAAGGAUCCCUGAAGGGCAGGACAGGCAUCUUUCCUUAUCGGUUUGUGAAGUUAUGUCCUGAAACAACAGUGGAGGAAACCAUGGAUCUGCCACAGGAAGGCAUCCCCGAAACUUCUUUGGAUUAUUCAGAGAACUCCUCAGUAGCGGAGGAAAAAGGACAUGAGUCUAGUGAGUGUGAAGCAGAGGAGUCCAACUGUGUUAUUUCUGAAACAUCCACUUCUCCCCCAGAUCAUCUGGCUUCUGAGUAUGAAGUAAACAAAAACUCUUAUUGGGAUGAGGGCACCUCAGGAGGUCCCCAGCGAAGCCCAGGUGUGGGGCACGAAGAGCUUCUUGCUGAAGACUCUUCCAUGAAGGAUCCUUCAGAGGUAGUCAAUGGUGUUUCCUCCCAACCUCAGGUAGCUUUUCAUCCCAGAUUGCAGGAAAACCAGUAUUAUUCUACAGUAGGAGGGAGCCACACAAGCUCAGAGCAGUACUCUGACCUUGUUCCUCUAGAAGCCAGGACUAGAGACUACUCCAGCCUACCUCCUAGAGGAACGUACUCCCAGCCAAAAACCAUUCAGAAGCCCGUGCGUCCUCUUCACAGUGACUCUUCUCUUUCAGCCUCUGGGGUAGUCAGACCCAGCCAGUUGAGGCCUCAGCUCCAGGGCAUGGCAAGGUGUGCUAAAAAGCACCACACAUCCAAAGGAAAUGCUUCCAGCUUUAGCUCUGCAUCAGGGAGAUCAGAGAUGAAGCCUGGUCUGCAAGACAAGGAGCCCGCUGUAGAAGCAACGGCGCUUUCCCAGGGAGACGGCAACAUUGACCUGGACUCUAAGUUGACACAACAGCUGAUCGAGUUUGAGAAGAGCUUGUCAGGGCCCGGCACAGAAGCAGAUAACAUUUUGCGCCACUUUUCAAUCAUGGACUUUAACUCCGAGAAGGAUAUUGUCCGAGGUUCCUCAAAGCUAAUCACGCAGCAGGAGCUGCCUGAGAGGAGAAAGGCCCUAAGGCCACCACCACCCCGUCCCUGUACUCCAGCAUCCCCUUCUUCCCGUUUGCUGGUGGACCAGAACCUGAAACCUGAACCACCCUUGGCAGUGCGACCCUCUCGCCCAGCUCCCCUGCCCCCGACGGCACAGCAGAGAAUGAGCGCAACACCCUCCAAGCUCCUACCCUGUAACCAUCCUAGCUGUGAGACCUUGGAGAAGGAGAGCCCUGGGAAUAUGGAGGAGACUUUAGACCAGACCUCCCCGUGUCCCUUAGUAUUGGUGAGGAUUCAGGAAAUGGAACAGGACUUGGAUAUGUAUGGCAGGGCUCAGGAAGAGCUAAACCUAAUGCUGGAGGAGAAGCAAGAGGAAUCAUUAAGGGCAGAGACCCUUGAGAAUCUUGAGUUCUACGAGAGUAACAUCGAGAGUUUGAAUAUGGAACUCCAGCAACUUAGAGAAAUGACGCUCCUCUCCUCCCAGUCUUCAUCACUGGUGGCCCCUUCUGGGUCUGGGUCCACUGAAAACCCAGAGCAGAGGAUGCUGGAGAAGAGAGCCAAGGUGGUAGCAGAACUUCUUCAGACAGAAAGAGACUACAUUCGGGAUCUGGAAAUGUGUAUUGAGCGGAUCAUGGUACCCCUGCAGCAGGCCCAGGUACCAAACAUUGAUUUUGAGGGUGUUUUUGGAAAUAUGCAGAUGGUGAUUAAGAUCUCAAAGCAAUUAUUGGCCGAUCUGGAAAUCAGCAAUGCUGUAGGACCUGUGUUUCUUGAUCACCGGGAUGAGCUUGAGGAAACAUACAAAGUUUACUGUCAGAAUCAUGAUGAGGCCAUUUCACUGCUGGAAAUCUAUGAGAAGGAUGAGAAGAUCCAGAAGCAUCUUCAAGACUCCUUGGCAGAUCUUAAAAGCCUGUACAACAAAUGGGGGUGCACAAAUUAUAUUAACCUGGGCUCCUUCCUCAUCAAGCCAGUGCAGAGAAUAAUGCGUUACCCACUCCUGCUGAUGGAGUUGCUGAAUUCCACCCCCGAAUCCCACCCGGAUAAAGUGCCUUUAACCAGUGCAGUCCUUGCAGUCAAGGAAAUCAACGUUAACAUUAACGAGUAUAAACGUCGAAAGGACCUGGUCCUCAAGUACCGGAAGGGUGAUGAAGAUAGUCUCAGGGAGAAAAUUUCCAAACUGAACAUCCACUCCAUCAUCAAGAAAUCUAACCGAGUGAGCAGUCACCUGAAGCACCUCACUGGCUUUGCUCCACAGAUAAAAGAUGAAGCAUUUGAAGAAACAGAAAAAAACUUCCGAAUGCAAGAAAGAUUGAUCAAAUCUUUUAUCCGAGACCUGUCUCUCUACCUCCAGCAUAUCCGGGAAUCGGCAUGUGUGAAAGUGGUGGCUGCCAUGAGCAUGUGGGACGUGUGCAUGGAGAAGGGACACCGAGACCUGGAACAGUUCGAGAAGGUGCAUCGCUACAUCAGCGAUCAGCUCUUCACAAAUUUCAAGGAGAGGACAGAGCGGCUUGUCAUCUCUCCCCUCAAUCAGUUACUGAGCAUGUUUACAGGGCCCCACAAGCUGGUACAGAAGCGCUUUGACAAGCUGCUGGACUUCUAUAACUGUACAGAACGGGCAGAGAAGUUAAAGGACAAGAAGACCCUGGAGGAGCUGCAGUCAGCCCGGAACAACUACGAGGCCCUGAACGCCCAGCUGCUGGAUGAGCUGCCCAAGUUCCACCAGUUGGCCCAGGGCCUCUUCACCAACUGCAUCCACGGCUAUGCCGAGGCCCACUGUGACUUCGUGCGCCAGGCCCUGGAGCAGUUAAAGCCGCUGCUUUCAUUACUUAAAGUUGCCGGCAAGGAGGGAAACCUUAUCGCCAUCUUCCAUGAAGAGCACAGCAGGGUCCUGCAGCAACUCCAGGUUUUCACCUUCUUCCCCGAGUCCCUUCCAGCCACCAAAAGGCCGUUUGAGAGGAAAACCGUGGACCGCCAGUCUGCCCGAAAGCCACUUCUGGGCCUGCCAAGCUAUAUGCUACAGUCAGAAGAACUCCGCGCCUCCCUGCUGGCAAGGUAUCCCCCUGAAAAACUCUUCCAGGCAGAACGGAACUUCAAUGCUGCUCAAGACUUGGACGUCUCACUUCUGGAAGGCGACCUGGUGGGCGUGAUCAAAAAGAAAGACCCCAUGGGCAGUCAGAACCGCUGGCUCAUUGACAAUGGAGUCACCAAAGGCUUCGUGUACAGCUCCUUCCUGAAGCCCUACAAUGCCCGGCGCAGCCACUCUGACGUCUCCGUGGGCAGCUACUCCUCCACCGAGUCCGAGCACGGCGGCUCCUCCCCCAGAUUCCCACGGCAAAACAGCAGCAGCACCUUGACCUUCAACCCCAGCAGCAUGGCUGUGUCCUUUACCUCGGGGUCUUGCCAGAAACAGCCUCAAGAUGCAUCUUCAUUGAAGGAAUUUGACCAAGGAGCGCUCAGUGCCUCCUUAAACUUGGGUAGUUCAGAGAGCGGUCCUUCCAGAUGCCCUUCAGACCCAGACUUUACCUCCCAGCCCAGGCCCUGGGACUCUGUAGAUGGGGCCCGAGACGUUAACCAGCCUGCCCCCACCCCGAGGAGCUACCGAAACUCCAGGCAUCCAGAAAUGGUUGGUUACUCCACACCAGGGCGAAAUGGGCAGGGUAAAGACCUUGUGAAAGGAUGUCCAAGAACAGCCCAGGCUCUGGAGAACAAAAACGAAGAGCCAGAAAGCAGUGAGGCAGAAGGCAACCAGGUCUAUUUUGCUGUCUAUACCUUCAAGGCACGGAACCCAAAUGAACUGAGUGUGUCAGCCAAUCAGAGGCUCAAGAUCCUAGAAUUUAAAGAUGUUAUGGGAAAUAGAGAGUGGUGGUUAGCCGAAGUUAAUGGGAAGAAGGGCUAUGUUCCAUCCACUUAUAUCCGCAAAGCUGAGUACACCUGAACCUGUUCUGCCUCCACUCAGCCUUGCUGCCUUCACUUCCUUCUGCUGAAGGGUUCUGGUGGUCCACUGAGAGGGCACCUGCUCUGGAGACAUGGGCCCUGUCUGCAUUGCUUAACCAUGCCACAGUGGGGCACAGGAUAAGUCUUGUUCUCCUCUAUUGGGUUGUCAACUUUGAUGCUCACUAGAAUUUCUAGAAUUAGAAAUGGACCCUUUGGCUUGCAAAUGAUUCAGUGACCGUGAGAAGAGAGGCAAGUUCUGGGGUCAGCCUUUGGAAAUGAGAAAUUUCCAGUCAGAAGACCAGUAUCCUAUAUAUCCUAGAAGCUGUGCUAUAGCAUUAGAAGAUGUUGGCACUGGUUGUACCACAGUAAGUUUGAGGUGCCCCAUGCUUCACAGUCAGCUGACCAGAAACUGACUUGGAUGAAGAGAAUCCUCUGGGAGCCCCUUUAGGUUGUGCCUCUGCAUGUGGCAAGGAGUUUGUUGAGACUGUACCAAAUCUGGUGUUUCAAAUUGAAGCUUCAGUGUCCGGCACACGCUCAUACACACACACCCACCUCUAGUUUCUAAAAGUCCCUAAAACACUACCAUCUGUAAUCUUUUUCUUAUUUCAUUGCAUUUCCAGAUUGGGUAUGCAAAAUUCAGCUGCUUUCUUUCUCCUGUUAAAAAGCAUUUAGGGUCUUUAUUUUCCUUCGACCUUCAUCUGAAAGGUUCUCUUCCCUUUUGGAUGCAGUCUUCUAUACCAUUCUGACAGUCAUCUCUGCUUUAUACAGUCUGGUUGUGCUAAUCUCUCCUGCAAAUCAGUGACCACUAGAUUUUCCUGGGAGAACAGGAUCAGAGCUCCAGCCAUUCCAGCAUUAAAAGGAUUCGUUCAGCAAUGAGCUGAAACCAGUCCAGCCUGGUGGACAACUGGAUGCCUUUCCCCUUCAUCCAAGCACGCGGCUAUCCACAGAUGCAGAAAACAAUAACGCAUCAGUCUUAUUUGAAUUAGGAUGAGCAGUCCCAGAAGUAGCUUAUCCUAGACUUGGAAAUAAGCAUUUUCUGUUUCACCACCAACCUCCGUGCUUCUGAGACCAUAGUCUAAGCCAAACGGAUUCUAAUGUGCCUGACCGUACCUCCCUCCGGCCUCAGGAAGAUAUUUGCUCAUCCUUACACUAAGAAUCUCCCAGUGCAGGUUCUGUCUGAGCAGGGCUUUCAUUCUUAAGGUCUGUCCCAGGUAUGAAGCCUACCUUGGAGUAGGAAACUACGAAUUUUGCCGUAAGAAAGGGAAUUAAGAACAGCCUUGCAGCCCCUGCUCCUCCACCUGCACCUUCAGCCUUAAGAUCCUGAUGAAUCAAGAGACGCCUGUAGGUAGACUCCUUGGCCCCCACGUGUCUGUGGGUCAGUCAGAAGGCAGCAAUGCAAGUCUCUUGUGAAUAGUGUUUAUAUCUAGAGAUGUUUAUAUUUAAGUAGUUAUUUUAUAAAUAAAAGCAUUUCUAAGG